GCGCCUGCCACAGUACAGUAGAAGCACAGAGGAAGUUCGUUCAAUUGAGUUUCGGCUUUUUGACCCCUCACAGAGAACACGUGACUGCAUUUCUUUCCCCGUUUUGGAAGCCCUGCUCACCAGACUGCUACACUGUACAUCUGGGUCCUUUGAUGGAUGAAGAGGGUGAGAUGAUCCAGCCCCAAGAGCAGAGCUGCUGGGCUUCUCCCUGCCUGCGACGUAUUUUCUGGUGGUUGGGAGACAGGGAUAGGUCCAGAGCUGCCCUGGUCUGCAGAAAGUGGAACCAGAUGAUGUACUCAGCUGACCUCUGGCGAUACAGGACCAUCACGUUCAGCGGGAGGCCAUCCAGGGUACAUGCAUCCGAAUUCGAGUCAGCACUCUGGUAUGUUAAGAAAUUCGGCCGCUACCUGGAACACUUGGAAAUCAAGUUCCUGAACCCUUACAAUGCCGUCUUGACCAAAAAGUUCCAGGUCACCAUGAGAGGCCUCCUGUCGUGCCUUGGCAAGAGUAACAACCGUCUGAAAUCACUCUCCAUCCAGCACCUGGAACUGCACAGGCUGGUCUGGAGAAACAGCAUCAGAGGCUCACUCAUCAAGAGCUUGAGUUUUUUCUUAAAGAAGAUGGGCAAACACCUGGACCAUCUUAGCCUGAAAGGGCCCAGGCUGACAGUGGAGCAAGGCUGCCACAUCCUCAACUCCCUGAGCUACCUUCGGAAUGAGAACUUGGCCUCAGAGCUCAACAUUGAGGACUUCUUCAGCCACCACCUGGCCGUCUAUGGUAGCUCCCAGUUCAACAAGGCGAUGGCCACAUUCCACAACCUGACAUUCCUAACACUCAACUACAACUGUAUCUCUGAUGAGCUGCUCGAGACCUUGAGUGAGAACAAUGCUGGCACCCUCCGGACCAUGAACAUCAAAUGCCACGUUCACGACCCCCAUGGCCAGGUAGUCUGGGGCAUGUCCUGGGCCAAGCUGGCUAGGCAGGCCGGCAGCCUGAAGGUGAACUUCUUCUUCGAGCGAGUCAUGAAGUAUGAGCGCCUGGCCCGGAUCUUGCUGCAGGAGAUUCCAGUCAGGAGCAUCAGCCUAAGAAGCUGCUAUUUCAGUGACCCAGACUGGUCCAUGAGGCCCACUCUGAUGGACCUCCUGCCCACCUUCCGGAACACUCUGCAGAAAUUAACAUUUGAGUUCAACAACAAUCAUGAGUCGUUAGAUGAGCAGCUGCAUCUCCUCAUCCUGGCCUGCCGAAAGCUAUUUUACUUCAAAAUCUGGGCUUUCCUGGAUGUUAAGUUUGGGGAGCGGAUCCUGAAGAGCCAGGAGGAGGGGCAGUGCUCCCUGCGCACACUAAAGGUGAGAAUUUAUUCAAACAGAUAUGAGACAAAUGAAGAGGACAGGACCUUACGGGAAAUUUACAGGAAAUACAGAAAGCUGAUCGAUUCAGAACUUAACUAUUUUGUCAUCGCCUACCCCAUGAUGUAAAGAGCGCUCUCCAGAGGAAGACAUCUAGACGCACUUUGAACCUGAAAAACUGGUUCUCAGUGAAUUACAUUUGGGACUCCCAUGCCCUCACCCCUUUUUCUUCUCUCUCCUUUUUGCCAAAUCCACACCCUCAUGAACAGCCUGGCAAAGGCUGGGCUGCUGGUGAUGGCAAGGCCCCAAGCGUCUUUAAAGUGCUAUCUUUACCAACACUCCGGCUGCUUUCUUUUUGUCAUUUGCUGUAAUGUUUUGGUUUGGUUUAGUUUGGUUGGUUGAUUGGUUUUGGUUUCAGAAAUUCAUACUCAGUCGCAGAGCAAACUCAAAAUAGUUUUCUGCUAAUGGAGUCUGACUCCUGCUUACCUGAAUAGGUGUGACCAGCCAGUGGGACAAACUUUCUACCAACUGAUUUUACCCAUUUGGAAAUGCUUUAUAGCCGGGUGGUGGUGGUGUGCACCUUUAAUCUCAACAUUUGAGAGUCCGGGGCUGGUGAAUGUCUGAGUUCAAGGCCAGCCUAGUCUAUACAGAGAGUUCCAGGACAGCUGGGGCUACACAGAAAAACCCUGGAAAAACAAAACAGCAAAAACAAAGAAAUGCUUUGUGUUCAGGCUGACCUUCAUGUUAGAGCCUCCUGAGACUGAGGUUGUCUGGACCUGACCAUACAUGAACAGAACCCACCAGUAUGUCCUGGCAUGAAAGGACCAUUCCCACUUAAGAUAGAACUGCUCACAGAAAGAACUCGGGUGCUAGGUCAUCAACCCUGUGAAAGACUCCUGCCUUAGUUCGGCCUGUGUCUCCUUUUAGUUUUCUAUUCCGGUGACAUUGUGUUCAGUCUGCUGUGGACACGCAAGUCCUCAGAUGCAAAGACAGACUAGAAGUGGCAGUUACACCCAUGUUUGUAAUGAAUCUGUAAUGUAGUGUGUCCUGAUGCUAUUUGAAGAGGGAAAGAAACACAAAACUCUAGAUUUAGAAUUAUAUCUGUUAUAUAAAACACAUGUAAAAACAUUUUUAAAAUCUAUAAGAGACAUAACAAAAAUUGGAGGUAAAAUUUUGGUGGGUAUUUUUUUUUUGCCUUAUGUUUUCCUUUGUUUUUCAACUUUUCUACAAUGACAAUGUCAUUUUUGGUAAUUAAGAAUAUGAUCUAGUAUGUCUCUGAUCAUGAGUGGGCACUGGGGCCAGAGGCUGGAUCUCAGGUGGUUCUUUUGUUCCUUUGAUGUCUUCUAAAGCUUCUUCAUUUUUUUAAAUUGACCUAUCAGAUAUUAGAUAUCGUUAUGGCACCAUCAAACAAAGUGUUAAUUUUUGCUCUCCCUCCCCUGUUCACCAUCUCCAGGCUCUUUUCUUAAAUCAUGUGUUCUUUUGGCACCAACCUAACCCUCAUCCUCAUCAUCACACAUCCUUCUUUAUUUUUACUCUCUUGGUCUCUUUUCUAAUACCUUAAGUUUUGCACAUAUUUACCAUCAUUUACAUAUUCACAUGUACACAUUACAGGCUAGGAUCCACAUAUG